GUCUGGCGCAGCGGGUUGUUUCAGCUCAGAUAUGACCCAACUCUCCCACCCCAACCCGUCAAUCUCCAUCACCCUGCCCCGAUUCCAUAAUAUCACCGUAAACAUUUCAAAUCUCAUCAUGGCAGCCGCCAACAACCCAUAGGAGUUUAGGACUGAAUGUGGCAUCAUAUACACACCACUGGACCAAUAGGAUCUGGGACCGAAGCACAUGCACUGAGAGGAGUCGCUUUUUGUAGUAGAGGUGCAAGUGGAAACAUUUGCCCUCCUCCUUCCUGGGCGAUAAAAGGCGUUGCCACCUAGGAUGCAUUGGAUCUAGUAUGGAUUUUGGAGUUUCAUGUGACGUUUGAACAGAGAAGGGUGAGAAAGAGGAAAAGAGGAGGAUAAACUUUGGAGAAGUGUGAGGACCAGCAAGGAGGGAAGGGAGGGGGGAAGACAGGGAGAAGAGGGCAGGGUGAUGGGAAACACCAACCAGACUUCUAAAAAGAACAGUAAAAAGAAGAAGGUAAUGUCACCCAUAGAACAAAGUGGUACCCCAUUGGCUGCUGCCAUGCUGGGGGGACUGGGUGAUGCAGGGGAGAUGGACACAGAGGAUGAGGAGGAAGGAGGGAACGAGCGUGAGUUUGAUGAACCCCUGUGCGCUCUGGUUAAGAACUGCAACAUGCUGCAUAACAUAGUGGGGCCUGCAUGUAUCUUCCUCAGACAGGGCUUCGCCCAAAGUCAGCUUGACAGAGAUCUACGACCAGAAGAGAUGGAAGAGUUGCGUGAGGCCUUCAGAGAAUUUGACAAAGAUAAGGACGGCUUCAUCAGCUGUAAGGACCUGGGCGAGUGCAUGAGGACUAUGGGAUACAUGCCAACAGAGAUGGAACUUAUCGAACUCAGCCAGCAAAUCUGUGGUGGCAGAGUGGAUUUUGAGGAUUUUGUGGAACUGAUGGGCCCCAAAAUGCUUGCAGAGACUGCAGACAUGAUUGGGGUUAAAGAGUUACGGGACGCCUUCAAAGAGUUUGACUCUGAUGGCGAUGGUCAGAUCAGCCUUGGAGAGCUGAGGGAAGCCAUGAAGAAGCUAAUGGGUGAGCAGCUCAACCACCGCGAGAUUGAUGAGAUCCUGCGAGAUGUUGACCUCAACGGGGAUGGACAGGUGGACUUUGAAGAGUUUGUGAGAAUGAUGUCUCGUUGAUUCUUCAGUAAACCUCACACUACUGCACUAAACACAACACUGGCCAGACUACGGACUGUUAAUGUUUUUCUCACAUGUACAAAGACAUCUUGGUGUUUUUUCAGUUACGUGCAAAACCUCUUAUAAAAAUCCCUUAAAUGUGUUACUGUUGUAUAAAUCUAAUAUGUAUCAUGUGUGUAACAAGAGAUGGGAGUGAUAUUUUCAGCGGGAAUAGACCAAACCUGUGGUGUCUUUAAAAGUUUAUAUUCAUAUGAAUUUGCAGAAGAAUUGCAUUUAAAAGCCUGAAAAAAUAAGAUCCUGUUUGCACUGACUAGAUACUGUGAAACUUCAAUUAUAAGAUGUAUUUUCUGUUUCUUUAUUGUAUUUGUAAUUUGGGUGAAUUGGUCACUAACUAUGCAGUUUAGUAUCUACAAGUUUGUUGAAACAUUAAUAUGAAUGUAAAAAUGUAUUUUCUGAAUUUCAAUAUUUUAAUGCCACUUCAUCUUAAACUUGAAUGUGUUAACUGUGAAAUAUCUAAUACACAUAGAAAACAUGAAUGCUUUGUUAUGAGUUACAAUAUUUAUUAUACAGAGUAGCAUCUGAAACAAUAUUUUUAAUAUCUUUUUGAUACCUGUUUCAGAACAAUUACUAGUGAUUUGUGUCUACCACACAGUGAAUAUCAGUUUCCUAUCCUUGCACCAUUUUUCCUCUUGGUGAAAUUUAACUGACAACCUGCCUCAUAGUACAUGGUUAUUUUAUGUAAGCAUACACAGUAUGCAUAUAUACCUCUUUGAUGUUUCAUUUGUACAGCGUUUAAUGACUCAGAAAACACAAUGUAAAUAACAAAAAUGAGUGAACAAUAUUGAAAAUAAAUACUUUUUUGUGGUCAGAUAGCUUAUGGCCAUAUACUAAGUCCA